UUGACGAAUAGUUGUAAGGAAAGGUCAUACUCAUACGUCAUACCAAAUGAAAUGGUAAGGUACAAAUUGGUACAUACAUAUGUUUAGCAAAAAAAAAAAGAAUUAAUUACUCUUUCACCAACUCAUCAUCCCUCCACUCAGUUUCCCGCCAACACAAAUAUAAAUACUCCCACCCAUUUUGAAUUCUCAAACUCUCUCUCUCUCUCUCUCUCUCACACACACACACACACACACAGAGCACGCUGAUUCUCACAGUUAAAUUUUCUAGAGAAAAUGUCAGCUGCAAAAUCAAGCGCAAGGAAGAGAGUUUCGGAGCCGCAAAAAACAAAAUCGGAGAGCAAACGGCGAUCCAGCCCCGUCGAAGAUGAAUUCGAUGCUGAGAUCUCUGAUGAUAUCAAAGGGAUUAUGACGGCGCUAAAGCAGAUAAGAGAGAAAGCACAACAGGACGGUCUGAAGAAGAAAGAAGAAACCAUCUCUAGCGUGACUUCAGAAAUCAAGUCAAAGAUCGAUGAGCUCAAAUUGAAACUUGAGAAAGACAGGCAAAAUUUUGCAAAGGGACUGUCCAAGAGCUCCAAAGAGUGUGAGAACUUGCUAAAGACUGAAACUGCGAAGUUCCAAUCAAUUUAUGAGAAGUUCAACAAGGAAAAAGCUACACAUCUGCAGUCUCUCAGAGAUACUGUAUCCAAAUAUGAGGAAGAAAAGGAAAGACUAUUCGUGCGAUAUGAGCAACUGAGGAAGAAAGAGAAGAGCAUGAUAUCUGAACUUGAGCAAGACUAUAAAAAACGAAUUGCAGAACUAGAGGAGUCGCUGAAGAAAAAGAAGCAGGAUGAUAAAGCAUUCAGUUUUCUGAGAAAAACUCUAGGUUCAUUUCUGGAUAAUGCCUCAGAUGAGGACUUCCCACCUGAUGAUUGAAAGUCGCAAAGACGUAUCUGCAAACUGAAAUGACAGUUUCUAUCUCCUGAUGAUUGGAAGUCCCACAUAUGGUCUAUGGAUACUGCCACUAGCAAUUAAUUUGAACAUCUUUUAGUGGAUACUAAAAGUUGUUCUUCCAAAUGUCAAGCUUAUACGUUUAAAUUGCUCCACUGAUCAAUAGCUUUUGCUUAGUAGUUGCAUUGGUAA